AUGCUUAAAUUAACAAUUUCUAUAUUUACACAUGACAUAUUAACAUAUAGUAUUACUGAAUAUCUAAAUAAUUAUGUUUUGCUUUUUUCCAUUUUAACUGUUCAGACUUUUAGUAAAACUGAUUUACCUUCGGUUAAAUUUUAUGAAAUGCUGGAAGAAGAUUCUUUGCAAUUACAAUCUAAAAAAUUUUCGUACUGUAGAGAUUUUCCUCUCCAGUACGACAAAAAAGAACAAAUUAAAAAGCUUUGUUCAAAAUAUGUAACUUAUUUAAAAAAUCAAAAACAAAUAAGGCGUCAAUAUAAUCAGUAUAGUGAGUAUUGCAAUAUGUUAAGUUAUUGGGUAUCUAAUGUGCUAUUAAGAACUCUUGGCGAAGACCAAAGUAAAUGUACUGUUGCGUUCGGUAAAAUUCAACUUAUGUGGAGUUUUGCAACUAAAUUUGAUAGUACAAGCUAUAGUUGUCAACCUUAUUCUGAUAUUUAUAAUUUCUACGAUAAUUGGGAAAAUGCAAAAAAACUGUAUGAUUACUACAUAGAUUUUAAUUACCUUGAUAAUAUGGCAAGUAAUUGUGCUCAUAACUGCGAAGAAUUACGCAGAUACCUCAACGAAGUAAAUAUUACAUAUGAGAGUUUUAAAGAAUCUUGUUCUCGUAAUAUAAAAAGUGUAUGCCCCGUAAUUAAUAUUAAUUAUGAAGUUUACAAUCCAAUGUUAUUAUUAAAUAAGUAUAAAAGUCAUACAGAGCCUCAGGUAUUAGAUAUGGGUGGAGCACAAGCAUCUGAAGUAGAAACAGAAGUACCCCCUAAACUAGAAGAGCCUUCUGAUGCCCCAUCAAUUACAAUUGGUUAUCAGCAAGAAUCUAAUAUAAAAAAGGACGAAUUGAAUCCUCUAAGUGCAUUUAGUAAUACUCUUUUAGGAUUAUUACAUAAAAAAGGAAAUAGAUUAUCCACCCAUAGAUCAGAUACUUAUAACCCAUUUCGAGAAUAUUUGGAAGAAAAUUAUAUAGGAUAUAACCCAGUGUAA